CAUGCGUACACAGCCCAUCUGACAACAGAACGAAGCGCUGUCUCUUGGAACAGCAGUUUAAUCUUAUCCUCACAGGGUAUAGUUAAUAAAUCUGUAGAAAGAGCAGUUAGCAUUAGUUAUCUUUUGUGAGCAUGUCGAUUUAAUAUAUUUGAGACUUUUUAAGGAUUUUGAUGACUUGAGAAAAUAAUCGAUCAUCUACACUUCUUCUGAAUCUGUGUGGUUCUAGUUAAUGUUCAUCCUAAGUGACCAAAAAGACUCCAGCAGACAUUGCAAAGAGAAAAGGAAGGAGAAAACACUUCCAUACACGGUGCUGGUGGAAGUUGUCAGCUGAUUGAGGAGAGUUUGUUGUUCUCCGCUCAUGAGGGGCAUGGAGAUGUUGCGCCGCUCCUCAGUGUUUGCGGCUGAAGUCAUGGAGGUGUUUGAUCGCUCCCCGACGGAUAAGGAGCUGGUGUCUCAGUCAAAAGUGCUGUGUAGGGAUUACAUUCACUCCAGACUCCACCGGGCUGGGAUCGGUUGGUCUAAACCGGAGCACGGACCAUCGGGAGGAACACUGGCUGAAGUGUCUUCAGUCCUGCUGUGGUUAGGUGACGAGCUGGAGUACCUGCGUCCAAAUGUAUACCGCAAUGUAGCACGACAGCUCAACAUUACAGUUGCCUCUGAGAAUAUAGUUUCUGAUGCCUUUUUGGCCGUCGCUGCAGAAAUUUUCUCCACAGGUGUAACUUGGGGGAAGAUUGUGUCUCUGUAUGCAGUGGCUGGAGCUUUAGCUGUGGACUGUGUCCGGCAUGGCCAUCCAGCCAUGGUACACACCAUUGUUGACUGUAUGGGAGAGUUUGUCCGCAAGAGUCUUGUGUCUUGGUUAAAAAGGAGAGGAGGCUGGACUGAUAUCACAAAGUGUGUAGUCAAUACAGACCCCAGUUUCCGUUCUCACUGGUUAGUGGCAGCUGCCUGCGCCUGCGGUCACUAUUUCAAGGUUGUGGUCUUCUACCUGCUUAGGGAAAAAUGAAGGGUGACAUUAGGAAGUGAUGGACUGCUGGACUCUGGCAGAAGGGGUUUCUACUCACCGCUUCAGUCUUUCACUGCUCUUGAUGUGUUUACGCUUGCACAGAGUUUGCACUUUUACUUUAAUGGACACUCUUGGGCUCCAGGAUGGACCGUUAUCUUCAAGGCUUUGUUAUAUGUUUAACCUGGCCUCUUGCACUCUUAAAUCAUUCCUUGCUGUUACCAGUUCUUUUUGAACGUAGUGCUGAUAUGUAGAAUGUCAAGCCCAGCGGGACACAGCUUAGUGGAAGCUACCAUGACCUUUGUAUUUGCAGUGGAAUAUAAUGCUUGUGUAAUGAAUAUGUACUUGUCUUUAUGCUACCUAGCCCAACAUUGGCUUAUCAGAUGUUUUUUGUAAUUGAUAUUGCAUUUUUCAAUGUCUUAAAUUGAUCAAAUGCAGUUUAAUAAAAUUGCCAGGAACCUAUAAGCAAAUUGCUCUCUGUGGAAUGGAUAUCAAAGGAUUAUCCUCCUUUAUAUUUCCCAAGUGAAAUGUUUAUUAAGGGUCCAAUUAUGUAAUUGGCCACAGGAGAGUGAAAGUAUGCAAAAACAGAUUUUGGUUGGCUUUUAAUCAAAUAUUAUUUGAAUUAUGCUCACUAUUGAGCGAGCAGAGAAUAUGCAAAUGCUCUGUAAUAUAUCAUUUCAUGUUAUAUUUCAAGUCUGGACCUGUCAACCAGUAUAUGACUGCCUCAACAGUCCUGAGCAGUCAACAGUCAUGUAUGGGUGUUUUUUAUUUAUUUUUCUUGUAAUUUGUUAUCCCCCUUAUGUUUCAUUUGUUGUGGUGUUUCUGGUAUUGUUGGUGCCACCCUGAACAACUGUAAGACAUUAUGGAACCAUAACUUAAAACCUGCCAUUUUAUAAUUUUAUUUGUUUUGUUCUAUUUUAUAUUUUAGUUCAUAAAAAUGAUUCUGUGAAUAAGGACACAUUUUAUGUGUGUGCCACACUGAAUGUAUUCAAAAAAAUAAAAAUAAAAGUUUUGUAUUGAUGAUA